GAAUGAAAGGGGCGGGGCCGGGAACAUGACAUCAGAGGAACCGGGGGAGGAGCCCGGACACCCGCGCAAGACUGGAGGGGGAGGAGCCCGGACACCCGCGCAAGACUGGAGGGGGAGGAGCCCGGACACCCGCCGCAAGACUGGAGGGGGAGGAGCCCAGACACCCGCGCAAGACUGGAGGGGGAGGAGCCCGGACACCCGCGCAAGACUGGAGGGGGAGGAGCCGGUGGUACACCUGUGCAAGUCUGAAGGGGAGGAGCCGGUACGGGACACCUGUGCAAGACUGAAGGGGAGGAGCCGCUACACCUGUGCAAGACUGAAGGGGAGGAGCCGCUACACCUGCGCAAGACUGGGGGGAGGAGCCGCUACACCUGCGCAAGACUGGAGGGGAGGAGCCGGGACACCUGCGCAAGACUGGAGGGGA